AUGAAGAAGGGAGCUAAUGGAGUCCCCCUGGUACCAAAGGAAAGAAAAGAAUGGGAUGUUGCAAACAAACUCGCCAUUCAAAAUAAUGUCAAAGCUAAAAAGAUCCUAAUUUGCGGCAUAGGAUUACUAGAUGAGUACAAUAGGAUUUCAUCAUGUGAGGAUGAAAAGUCGAUUUGGGAAACUCUACACACUGCACACGAAGGAACAACUCAGGUUAAGAAAUCUAAAAUUGACAACUUGAACAGACAAUAUGAACUGUUCAGAAUGAUGGAGGGAGAAACAAUUCAAGAUAUGCACACCAGGUUCACUGCAAUCAUCAAUGAGAUUUACUCGUUAGGAGAAGUAAUCCCAAACAAAAAGGCUGUUAGAAAGCUCUUAAGUGUUCUACCAGAAUCGUGGAAAAGUAAAGUAGAAGCCAUCACUAAAGCACGUGAUCUAGACAAACUGGCUAUGGAUGAUCUUAUUGAAAAUCUCAUCACAUAUGAAUUAUAG